UGAGCUAACAGGUUACAGCAGCUCCAUGCACCCCCUCUCUAACUGUUCUCAUUCAUUCACUCAACCUACCCACACACACUCCUUAUCUCACACACAGUACACAAUCUACUGUAUGUGAGUGUUGCAGCUACUUAUUUUACGGAAUAAAAUACAAUACAAUCUCGGAUUCUUUCUUCUUCCCUGUGGGCACCUCUAAACUUUUUCUCUGGGAUUUUUUUCUCUCACAACCUGGCAACCCGUAGAGAGCAGCACGCAGCAGUUGCCAGAACAAGUUGCCAGAACAAGAGGAUGUGUCCUAUCCCUGGAGAGAAAAGAGAGAAGAGUCUGAGCUGAAUCUUAAAGAGGAGUGGAUCUGUCGGAGGAGAUCUGAGGAGAGGACCAGGAACAGGAGAGAAGAGGAGGAGAAGGAGGGAUAAAAGAGGAGGAGGACAGAGCAUGGGCCAUUCCUGCGUGUGGAUUUUUCUGCUGUCCCUGUCUCUCUCCCACCAGGCGGUCACUGAACAGGCAGAAGCAUGUCGGACGGCGGAGCCUGCAGACCUAGUGUUCUUGGUGGAUGAGUCGUGGGGCGUGGGCCAGACCAGCUUCUCCAGGGUUAAAGACUUCAUCUCGGCCAUCAUUAAUUCCUUUCAGGACAGCGUGGUGGGGCCCGAGGGCAUCCGCUUUGGAGUCACCGUCUACGGAGAUAUACCCAGGAUGCGCAUCGCCCUGACAGACUACAGUAGUCUCGAGGAGGUCCUGAGGGCAGUAAAGGACCUCCCCUUUGAAGGCGGGGCCAGUCGAACGGGCGACGCCCUCCAGUUCCUGGUGGAUUAUGUCUUCAGUGCGGCUAUCACCAGGGACAACACCCCCAAGAUUGCUGUCCUGAUCACAAACGGCCGUUCGGAUGACCAGGUGGAUGGGCCGGCCAAGGCUGUCACAGACAGUGGGAUCUCUAUCUACGCAGUGGGGGUGAGAGGAGCCGACGAAUCAGAGCUGCGCAGGAUUGUGACUGAGCCCCACGAGGAACACCUGAUGCUAGCCGCUGACUUCUCUCUCCUGGAUGCUCUCCUGCCCAAACUGUCCCGAAGAAUCUGUUUCACCGCCUCUGAACCCCCACGCCCCGUCAAACACACCCCGGCCGUGGAGGAGCGUGUGGUGGGUCCCCGGGACCUCCAGGUGAGUGAGCUAGCCUACAGUAGUCUGAGGCUGACCUGGAGCCAGGCCACGGGGGACGUCACCGGCUACCGCCUCCUGGUCACCCCCCUCAGUCCCAAGGGACAGCUGCUGCCCAGCCUGCAGACACAGACUGAUCUGAAAGGUGAUGAGAGGACAUCUCUAGUGACAGAGCUGACUCCUAAGACAGAGUACUCUCUGACUGUCUACGCCAUCUACCCUGGCCUCAUUGGAGACUCUGCCACCAUCAUUACACAGACACCCCCGGUGCCUCCUGUCUCAAACUUCCGUGUGAUGGAGGAGGGCCUCUUCUCUCUGAGGUUGGCAUGGACACCACCUCUAGGGAAGCUCGAGGGAUACAAGAUAUUCAUCCCCAGAUCCGACCGGCCAGGGCUGACCUAUGAGCAGGUGCUGCGCGGCGACACCUCCUCCCAUGUGAUUGACAGCUUGGAGGAGGAUAAGAAGUACACCGUCAGUAUCUUUGCUAUCUACCCCCAGGGCCCCAGCCAACCUGUCUCGAUCGUCGGCAAAACACUGAAACUGGUGCCAGUGCAGCAGCUCCUGGUCCAAAACGCCACCACAGACACCGUCCAGGCCCGCUGGGGCUCAGUGAAGGGGGCCACGGGGUAUCGCCUCACCUGGUCCUCCUUAGAUGGCCAUAGAGAGAAUGUGAACCUGGGGGAGACCUUUAACUUCUACAUGAUCCAGGGCCUCCACCCAGGCACUGAGUACGCCAUCACCAUCAACCCCAUCUUUGUGGACAUCGAGGGCCCUGUCACCUCUACCCCAGCCAAGACCCUGGAGAGCAGUGCAGUCCAGACUCUGAAGGCAUCGGCAGUGAGCACCAACAGUGCCAUGGUCUCCUGGAACUCUGUCCCUGGGGCCACAGGCUACAGACUAGCCUGGGGGCCCACUCCAGAGUUUGUGGGUCGGGACCGCCCUAGACAGCUGGCUCUGAACGGCUCCACCACAGAGCACCUUCUGAAGAACGUGGUCCAUGACACAGAGUAUGUCCUGUCUCUUUACGUCCUGUUUGGAUCGCUGGUGGGACCCGGCGUCUCAGCUACCUUCCGCACCUCUCCUUUGGGAUAUGUGUCUAACUUCCAAGUGACUUCCUACACCAGUUCCUCCAUCGACGUGGAGUGGAGUCCCGUCGUGGGGUCCACCGAGUACAAACUCACCUGGAACAUCGAUGGCAACACUCCCCAGUCCCAGUAUAUGGACCGCAGCGUUCUGUUCCACCGCAUUGAGGGCCUCAACCCAGAGACAGUCUACAUAGUUAGCAUCCACUCUGUCUACGGCAACACAGAGGGGCCAGAAAUCUCCCUCUCACAGCUCACAGCGUCGGUGACAGAGUCAGAGCUGAUCCAGGCGGUCAAGGAGGUGAAGGUAAUGGAUGUCGGAGUCAACUCCUUCAUACUGACCUGGAGGAGAACACCUGGGGUCACUGGCUACAAGAUCUCCUGGAGCCCCUUCCAUGGUGGCGAUGAGAAGUCCCAGCUAGUCGCUUCCUCCACUACCUCCUUCACCAUCCCUAAGUUACAGGAGAGCUCGGCCUAUAAGAUCCAGGUGGCAUCUAUGGUGGGGGACCGAGAAGGGAGCCCGUUCCUGGUCACUGCACGCACCUUGGACCUGCCCAAAGUGAACGGCUUCGCAGCGCUCGACACCACAGACAGCAGUACCUCCCUCAACUGGAUCAGCGUUGCCGGGGCUUCUGGGUAUCUGCUCUCCUGGAGGCACAUCUCAGAGUUGGACACCAAAAAGGAGAAGCUUGGUCCUUCUGCCACCAUGUUUAAGCUGAGUGAUCUGCUGUAUGGCAGGACCUACAUCUUCACCAUCAGACCUGUGUAUGGAGAGGUGGAGGGACCCAUCACCUCUAUCCACCACAGGAUAGUGGCCAAGGACCGUCCUCUGGUGCCUGUCCAGUCUUUACCCGCCACGCCUGCCCCUCUCCCCCCUCACACCCUCACCGCCUCCCAACCCAAUGCAGCCAAAGCCACCAAAGCCCACACCCGCUCCACCGUCGCCAAAGCCCCCUCCAAAACCACCUCCGGCACCGCCAAGAAACCCCCAAGCACCACCGUUGUCAAAACAUCUGCAGCCACCACCACCUUUGUCAAAACAGCUGCAGCCACCACCAGCGUCGGACAUCUUACCACCACUACCAGAAACAUAUUGGUUUUGGAUACAGAGACAACUGUUGGACCAGGGCCAGUGUGUGGCAGGGUGAAGGCAGACAUAGUGUUCCUGGUGGAUGAGUCAUGGAGCAUCGGAUCCAAUAACUUUGCAAAGCUCAAGGACUUCCUGUUCCGGGUUGUCACCUAUUUCCCUGUGAUUGGUCCUCAGGGCACACAGAUAGCAGUGGUGCACUACAGUGAUGAACCAAGGAUAGAGUUCAAACUGAAUGAUUACAAGAACAGGAACUCUGUACUAAAGGCUCUGAGAGGAGUACGCUAUGGAGGAGGCAACACCAAAACAGGGAAGGGGAUGAGCUACGUUCUGAAGGAGCUGUUCCAGGAGUCUCUGGGGAUGAGGCAGGAGGUGUCCCAUGUCUUGGUGUUGCUGACAGACGGCCGGGCCGUGGACGAUGUGGAGCAACCCUCCAGGAUCGCACAGGCUUAUGGUGUGAGUGUGCUGGCCAUCGGGGUGGCCAAUGCAGACAUGGACGAGCUGAAGAAGAUAGCGCAUCCAGCCAACUACCAGAACAUCUUCUACGCCAGGGACUUUGAUGACUUCUCCUCCAUAGAGAGAGAGUUCAUCAGCAACAUCUGCAGCGAGGCGCUGCUCUCCGAGUUCAGACAACACGACGAGUCUGCCCAGCUGGACACUCCAACUGAUGACCCUGAUGAGCUGACCAAACCACAGGGCCCCUGCCCCUUACAGUGCAAGGGGCAGAAAGGUGAAAACGGAGAUGGCUCUGGUAAUGGUGGACUGAGACUCCAGCAAAACACUGCGAUGUUUGAGUCAAUUGGCCUCAAGUCCAAAGGAGAGAAAGGAGAGAGAGGACUUCCUGGAACAGAUGGUGUCCCCGGGUUGCCAGGACGACCUGGACGAACCGGACCCCCAGGUUCAGCCGGGCAACGGGGUUUAGAAGGUGUUCCAGGUGAUCUGGGGCCUCCUGGUAUCACCGGUCCAAAAGGCCAGAGAGGAGAGAGGGGGGAGCCUGGGUAUGUCAUAGGGGGCAUAGGAGACGGCCAUUAUGCUCCUGGACGAAAGGGAGAGCCUGGAUCAUCAGGACCUCAAGGGGCUCCGGGUGUACCAGGGGUCUCUGGACCCUCAGGCCUGCCUGGACAGGCAGGUUCACCUGGGUCCUCAGGGAUAUCUGUUAAGGGGGAACAUGGGGAGGCAGGUGCUAAAGGUUUGCGUGGGAAAGCAGGGGCCAAAGGAGACAAAGGAGAUCAUGGUAAAGAUGGCCAAGCAGGGUUACCUGGUCCCAUUGGAAUUGAUGGUGUUCCAGGCUUCCCAGGUCAAAAGGGAUAUAAGGGAGAGGAGGGGAUCGGGGUUCCCGGUGUCCAGGGCCCUCGUGGAGAGCCAGGGGAGAAGGGAAAUAUAGGCCUAUCAGGACCUGAGGGACUAAAGGGAGAGGCUGGUGUUCAAGGGAUACAAGGGGUUGUUGGACCACGGGGGAAGAAGGGAGUGAAAGGCAUCCAAGGGGAUAAGGGCGAUCGAGGAGAGGUGGGGCCUAUGGGAACACAGGGAGUGACAGGCUUUGCGGGGGCUCUUGGCCAGAAGGGUGACGAGGGACAGAGAGGAGUUCCUGGUGACCCAGCCAAAGGGAUCAUUGGUCCCACAGGAAAGAAGGGUACCAGGGGUGACAUUGGGCCCGUCGGUCCGACUGGACCCCAGGGAGUAAAGGGGGUCCAAGGAGUCAAAGGAGAAAAGGGUAAUCCUGGGUUCGGCAUUCCUGGACAGCAGGGACCAAAGGGAGAAAACGGUGAAAGGGGAAAUGUUGGCUUGUCUGGGAAACCUGGACCGAAGGGGCAUGAUGGCUCUAAAGGGGCAGCGGGAACUGUUGGGGUCCCCGGGAAUCCUGGAGCACCAGGACUAAGAGGUAAAGAUGGUGUGCCUGGAAUCAAAGGAGAAUCAGGACUACGGGGAGAGCAGGGACCAGCGGGUGAGCCUGGUGAGAGAGGAAUAAGGGGCCCACUGGGGUUACCGGGACGACCAGGGGACCCAGCAGAGAAAGGAGAUACCGGGAACAUUGGUUUGCCUGGAACGGAGGGAAAGAAAGGAGAGCCUGGAAAACCAGGACCUCCGGGAGGCGCGCAAUUCAGUUCAGACAACAAUAUCCUGACUAGGGUGAUCAAGGGUGAACCAGGGCAUCCCGGAGAGCCUGGAUUCAGAGGGGAGACAGGUCUGCCUGGACAAAGGGGUCCUGAUGGAAAACCAGGAUCUCCAGGAAUGGGAGGGUCUGGGUCAGGGAGAGAUGGUCUGGAUGGGUUACCAGGAAAACCUGGAUCCAAGGGUGACCCAGGAAAGACAGGUGAGCCAGGAACGAGGGGAGAGAAAGGAGACCAAGGAAGGGUGGGGAUUGCUGGAAUUCCUGGUUUACCUGGGACCCCAGGUAGACCUGGCAUUGAUGGGAAGAGAGGUCUGGCUGGAAAAGAUGGAGAGCAAGGACAAAGAGGAGAUGAUGGCAAAAAGGGUGAUAAAGGUGAAUCUGGAACUGAUGGUAAAAAAGGGGAAUUGGGUGCUCCGGGCCUGCCUGGUACCCAUGUUCUGGUUACUCAACAGGAGGGUGCCACCCUUGAAGAGAUGCGACAGGCAUUCCCUUUGCCAAUGGGACCUCCUGGGGCUAAAGGUCCACCAGGGAUGAAGGGUGACGCUGGUCUUCCAGGGGAAGCAGCAGACAUGAAGAACAUUGAAGUCAUGUUUGAAGACUAUGGCAUAAGGCUGCCCUUGCUGAAGGCACUGAUUGACAGGCUGCUGCAGGACGGCAUGGAGGAGCUUCUGCAGGAGCUAACCACCUCUAGGAGAGUCAAUGAGAAGGAGAAACACAGCUCCAACAUUAUCACUGACUACACAAGAACUGUAAAGUAUGAGAUCUCCAAGGAGCCUCUGACAGAGAUGGACACCAUAGAGGAGGCAGUUGAUUCUGACCUAGACAGACAGCUACCAGAACCUAACUCUGAUGCUUUGGAUGAAACGGCAGAGGACCCCACAUUCUGGAGCCUCACCACUCUUAAUGGUCUUAAAGGGGUCCAAGACGUGGGGAGGAUAGAGAGCACCUCUAAGGGGACAGAGGGGACACUGACAGUGGACGAGGACUUCAGUGAAGCUCCCUCGCCCAAGUUGACUUUAUCAAACUCAACAUUUAACAACACUACGUCUGAAGAGAGGGUCUCUGAGGUACCAGGGGCAAUAGUAGAAACUGUUCUCCUCAGUGGGGAAGACUCCUUGAAGAAAAAGAAGAGUCGAGAACGGAAGGGCAAGGGACAGAAAGGACGACAUAAGAGGCAAAGAGAACGCCUGACGAGUACGGAGGAGGAGGAGGAAGCGGAGGAGGAGGAAUUAUACGAUGGGGAAGAGUACAGUUAUGAAUAUGAGGAUUCCACAGAUGAUCCCUUAUUGUCAGUGGAAAAUCAAGGGGAGUUUGAAAUCACAACAGAAAGCACACUACAUGGAAUGAGCAAAGAGAGUGGCCUGACAACUUUAGGUCCAUAUCCAUCCCAGUCACCGGGUGACAGUGAAAAGCAGGGGGACUUCAUCACACCUAUCCUUCCCAGCACAACGGAAGAAACAGAGAAGGAUUCCACAGAUGAUCCCUUAUUGUCAGUGGAAAAUCAAGGGGAGUUUGAAAUCACAACAGAAAGCACACUACAUGGAAUGAGCAAAGAGAGUGGCCUGACAACUUUAGGUCCAUAUCCAUCCCAGUCACCGGGUGACAGUGAAAAGCAGGGGGACUUCAUCACACCUAUCCUUCCCAGCACAACGGAAGAAACAGAGAAGGAUUCCACAGAUGAUCCCUUAUUGUCAGUGGAAAAUCAAGGGGAGUUUGAAAUCACAACAGAAAGCACACUACAUGGAAUGAGCAAAGAGAGUGGCCUGACAACUUUAGGUCCAUAUCCAUCCCAGUCACCGGGUGACAGUGAAAAGCAGGGGGACUUCAUCACACCUAUCCUUCCCAGCACAACGGAAGAAACAGAGGAGGGGAGACCAUCUCAUGUCCGUGUCAGAGUAAGGAAGAGCGCCCCCUGGCCAGAUUACAUGGCAUACAUGCCAGGAACUGCAGGAGGAAGAAAUCGAUACCAUGACGGACAAAAAUCACAGUCGGGAGCAAGAGGUCCCAAAAAAUUACAUAGACAGAACCAAGAAAACAGAGACCCUCAGCCUGACCAUGAAUCCUAUACAGAGAGGGAGGUCGACUAUGAAACAGAAAGAGACUGGGAGACACCAACAGAGAUGGAGGGAGAGAGAGAAGAACCCAUAGCAGCAGAGGAAGAGACACCAUGGGAAAGACAUAGAGAGAGGGAGAUGGUAGAAAAGAAAGGAAAAGAGACGGAAGGAGAGAUAUACCAUGAUGCAGAAAGAGAGGGAGAGGAGGAGAGAAGUGGCGACUCUGAGUGGGACACGGAGGAAGACAGUGAAUACGAGAGGGAGAGAGAGAGGGAAAGGAUGGAGAUGGAGAGAGAGAGGAUGGAGCUUGAAAAAGAGAGGGAAGCAGAGCUGGAGUUGCAGAGGGAGAAAAUAGAGAGGGAGAGACAACUAGAGAGGGAGAACAUGGAAAAGGAGAGAGACCUGCAAAUGGAGAGGGAGAGUGAAAUAGAGAGCGAGAGAACAGAGAUGGAGGGAGGCAGAGACCUGGACAGGGAGAGAGAGGAGUGGGAGAGACGGAGGCAGGAGAUGGAAAGAGAGAGCGGAAGACAAGGAGAGUACGAGGAGGAAGGAGGAGUAAGACCCUAUCCAGGGCCAGAAUAUGACUAUUUGAAGGGUGCACCGGGUGAAAAUGGACUUCCGGGACCGAAGGGGGAACUUGGUGAAAAGGGGCACAAGGGUGAGCCAGGUAUUGGCCACAGAGGUCCUGUGGGACAGGCUGGUCCACCUGGAACUAAGGGUGAGCCUGGUGAACUGGGGCCUACUGGAGCUCAGGGUAUCCAGGGUAUCCGUGGUAACCCCGGUAUCUCAGGUUCUCAGGGCCUGAGGGGCCAACCAGGAGACCCGGGAGAGGCGGGGAGAGAGGGGGACAGGGGUAGAAGGGGUAAGAAUGGAUCACCCGGGACUCCAGGAGCUAAAGGGAAACCUGGAAUAGAGGGUCCACCUGGUCUACCUGGGAUGAAAGGCGAAAAGGGCGACAGUAUCCCGGGGGAACCAGGCGCCAGGGGUGUGGUCGGGAUCACAGGUCGCAGGGGUGAAAAGGGCAUUGCAGGAGUCUUAGGAGCCCCAGGACACACUGGUCCAAAGGGCUUCCCGGGCAGCAAAGGAGCAAAGGGUGACAGAGGUUUAGCAGGAAUACAAGGAGAAAGAGGAAGCCCCCUCCAAAUCCAGGGACCGAGAGGCUACAAGGGCUUAAAAGGAGAAGGGGGAGAGCGAGGUUCCCCAGGUUUCGAUGGAGAUAAAGGAGAGAAGGGCGAGGAUGGGCCCCCGGGGUUCAAGGGCCUUAAAGGAGAGGCAGGGGCCAAAGGAGCCAUGGGGCUGUUUGGGGCCCGUGGACCAGUGGGCCAAAAGGGAGAUACUGGCGAGCCUGGAGUCAAUGGAGAAGUGGGUCAUAACGGGGACGAUGGAUUGGACGGAGCCACAGGAGCCAAAGGAGACAUGGGACUCCAGGGACAGAAGGGAGAUCAGGGUGACAGAGGUGAACCUGGCUUACCGGGGGAUACUGGGCAGACAGGAGAGAAGGGAUUCCGAGGCCUACCUGGACGCAUAGGAAGCACUGGGCUAGAUGGAGAAAAGGGAGAGAUGGGUAUUCCUGGAACCCCAGGACGUCCAGGGCUCAAUGGACUCACAGGACGGAAGGGUGAAAAAGGGGAUGGGGGUAUCAAUGGAGUAGAGGGAGCACCAGGACUAAAAGGAGAGAAGGGCGCCACUGGUUUCCCAGGGUUCCCUGGGUUUAAGGGGUCAGCAGGGACACCAGGCAGUGAUGGAGCGGAGGGGCGACCAGGACGUAAUGGGUCCAAGGGAGAGACAGGAACCAAGGGAGAGAGGGGCAGGAGAGGCAGAGGGAAGCCUUGUCAGACAGGACCACCUGGAAGUCCAGGACAAAGAGGAGGCAGUGGAGAGCUCGGAAACGAGGGACUGAAGGGAGAGAAAGGGGAACCCGGACUCUCUGCCGAGGAGGUGAAGGAGCUGGUCAACCAAGAGGUUGUGAACCAGUGCGGGAUGAACUUGAAGUUUGUGGUGAAGUCCAAGGACCCGGAUGCUGAGAGCAUGUUGUUUGAGAGGGAUCCGGACGAGCCUAUAUCCAUCCUCACACGCAGCCUACCUGAGGAUGAGAUGGGAGAGGAGGAAGAGGACAAGAAAAUACUUGAAAAGGAGCUGGUAGGAUCAACCACUCCUCCCCCCAUCCCCCUGCGAGAGGAGGGGACCCCAGGUGAUGACAACCUUACCGACUCUGGAGCCAACAGGGGAGCGGAUUGGGGACUGAGGCACAGGAGAAGAAGGGUUCCGGGAGUUGGGCCACACUCAUCAGACUUGACCCCUGACCCCUGCCUGCAGCCCAUGUCAGAGGGGGGGUGUUGGGAGUAUGUCCUGCUGUGGUACUACCACCCCCGCUCCGGGGAGUGCCGGCCGUUUGUCUACGGGGGUUGUGAGGGCAACCACAACCGCUUCAACACCAAACACGAUUGUCAGAGGUGGUGUGGGAAAGAGAGGAGAGGUCUUGAGCCUAGAAGGUGAGAGACAGCCGCCAAUCAAGACUAUCAUUUUUUUUGUAAAUGCCACAGUGUAAAAUGUUAGAAGUUUUGUGCAGGUCUGUUUUUUAAUAUUUAAAGUAAACUAAUGAUUAUCCACACUUGAGAGAAAAGCCCAUAUAGACCAGAGCUGCAUGGGUUUCAUAUAUUUUCAAAACCCUGCCCAUCUGGGACUUCAGGCAGUCUUAAGCUAACAGUCAAAUUAUUUUUCAGUAAUUUGAACCCAGGUCUAAUACAGGCAUUGUAUUUUCUAUGGACUAUGACAAUUAUAGUUGACUCACCAUGUGAAUGUUAUGAAUGUGUUCUUUCAUGUUUUAAUCAAAAGGUAUCCUGCACAUUCUAUAGUACUAUAGUAUAGCACAUUCUAUAGUACUAUAGUAUAGUAUGGCACAUUCUAUAGUACUAUAGUAUAGCACAUUCUAUAGUACUAUAGUAUAGCACAUUCUAUAGUACUAUAGUAGAGUAUGGCACAUUCUACAGUACUAUAGUAUAGCACAUGCUAUAGUACUAUAGUAUAGCACAUUCUAUAGUAUAGCACAUUCUAGAGUACUAUAGUAUAGUAUAGCACAUUCUAUAGUACUAUAGUAUAGCACAUUCUAUAGUACUAUAGUAUAGUAUAGCACAUUCUAUAGUACUAUAGUAUAGCACAUUCUAUAGUACUAUAGUAUAGUAUAGCACAUUCUAUAGUACUAUAGUAUAGCACAUUCUAUAGUAUAGCACAUUCUAGAGUACUAUAGUAUAGUAUAGCACAUUCUAUAGUACUAUAGUAUAGUACAUUCUAUAGUACUAUAGUAUAGCACAUUCUAUAGUACUAUAGUAUGGCACAUUCUAUAGUACUAUUGUAUAGCACAUUCUAUAGUACUAUAGUAUAUCACAUUCUGUAUGGUACUAUGGUAUAGCACAUUCUGUAUAGUAUGGCACAUUCUAUAGUACUAUAGUAUAGCACAUUCUAUAGUACUAUAGUAUAGCACAUUCUAUAGUACUAUAGUAGAGUAUGGCACAUUCUACAGUACUAUAGUAUAGCACAUGCUAUAGUACUAUAGUAUAGCACAUUCUAUAGUACUAUAGUAUAGCACAUUCUAUAGUACUAUAGUAGAGUAUGGCACAUUCUACAGUACUAUAGUAUAGCACAUGCUAUAGUACUAUAGUAUAGCACAUUCUAUAGUACUAUAGUAUAGCACAUUCUAUAGUAUAGCACAUUCUAGAGUACUAUAGUAUAGUAUAGCACAUUCUAUAGUACUAUAGUAUAGCACAUGCUAUAGUACUAUAGUAUAGUAUAGCACAUUCUAUAGUACUAUAGUAUAGCACAUUCUAUAGUACUAUAGUAUAGUAUAGCACAUUCUAUAGUACUAUAGUAUAGCACAUUCUAUAGUAUAGCACAUUCUAGAGUACUAUAGUAUAGUAUAGCACAUUCUAUAGUACUAUAGUAUAGUACAUUCUAUAGUACUAUAGUAUAGCACAUUCUAUAGUACUAUAGUAUGGCACAUUCUAUAGUACUAUUGUAUAGCACAUUCUAUAGUACUAUAGUAUCACAUUCUGUAUGGUACUAUGGUAUAGCACAUUCUGUAUUGUAUAGCACAUUCUAUAGUACUAUAGUAUAGUAUAGCACAUUCUGUAUGGUACUAUGGUAUAGCACAUUCUGUAUAGUAUAGCACAUUCUAUAGUACUAUAGUAUAGCACAUUCUAUAGUACUAUAGUAUAGCACAUUCUAUAGUAUAGUAUAGCACAUUCUAUAGUACUGUAGUGUAGUAUAGUAUAGCACAUUCUAUAGUACUGUAGUAUAGUAUAGCACGUUCUAUAGUACCACAGUAUAGCACAUUCUAUAGUAGUAUAGUAUAGCACAUUCUAUAGUACUAUAGUAUAGCACAUUCUAUAGUAUAGCACAUUCUAUAGUACUACUUCUAAGUGCAUAAUUUGUUCUAGUUGUUUUUAACACUUCAACCCUGAUAAUACUGAAAUAGUUUAAACCCUGAUACUACUGAUAGAGUUUAAACCCUGAUACUACUGAUAGAGUUUAAACCCUGAUACUACUGAAAUAGUUUAAACCCUGAUACUACUGAUAGAGUUUAAACCCUGAUACUACUGAUAGAGUUUAAACCCUGAUACUACUGAUAGAGUUUAAACCCUGAUACUACUGAUAGAGUUUAAACCCUGAUACUACUGAUAGAGUUUAAACCCUGAUACUACUGAUAGAGUUUAAACCCUGAUACUACUGAUAGAGUUUAAACCCUGAUACUACUGAUAGAGUUUUUAACACUUUAACCCUGAUACUACCGAAAGAUGUUUAUUGUAUUGGUACAUGAUUGUGCACCAAUGGCACUGUUUAUGUGAAUUUAGAAUGAGUAUUUACUAUUUGAAUGUGUGUCAUUAAAUCACAACAAUGAGUCUAUGACGUUCCUUUA